UCUGUUGUGGAGUUUACGCCAUAUUUCGUUGCUGCCCCAUGGUUUAUGCUGCACGGUUUAAAUGAUCAACGUCUUCAAACGAGGUUGUAUUUGAAUUGAAACUGCAGUUUGGUGACCGCGGAAAGGAAAUUCUGUUUUUGUGUGGUCAUACCUACCUGCUCGUGCUUGCCUUGCUCGCAUUACAAUGGUUGCGUCCUGUAUUGACGUUUGCCUGGGUCCAUCAUCGCUGUGGUGCUGAAAAGAAACGAACCUGUGCGGCCGAAACGAACCUGUGCGGCCGUAGCGAGUGUAUGCUGCUGCGAAGGAUGAGGAGGUUUCUGUGGAUCUGCAGCGGUUGAAUUGCACCACCUCGCCCACUUAUUGCUGUGUUCUUGAUUUUAUCCCUCAAAACCUGGACUCUACCGGCGCAGUUUAUGAAGUGUGGACAGUAAUGACCUCACCCUUCCAGUUGCCAGCUGGCAGUAACUACAAUGACCGAGCAUCAGAGCUGGCACAAGACAGGCAGCACACAGAGGUGGUCUGUAAUGUUCUUCUGCUGGAUAACACAGUUCAAGCCUUCAAAGUUAACAAGCACGAUCAAGGACAGGUCCUGCUGGAUGUAGUGUUCAAGCACCUGGAGCUGACGGAGAGCGACUACUUCGGCCUACAGCUGGCCAACGACUCCUCAGACAGUCAGAGGUGGCUGGAUCCAACCAAACCCAUAAGAAAGCAGUUAAAAAGGGGGUCUCCACACAGUUUAAAUUUUAGGGUUAAAUUCUUUGUAACCGACCCCAAUAAACUUCAGGAGGAGUAUACAAGGUACCAGUACGUGUUGCAGAUUAAACAGGACAUACUUAGUGGAAGGCUGCCGUGUCCGUACAUCACAGCCGCUCUUCUUGCUUCAUACGCCGUUCAGUCUGAGCUAGGGGACUACAGUCAGAACGAGAACUUGCCCGGCUACCUCUCCGAAUACUCUUUCAUCCCCAACGCACCACAAGACUUUGAGAAAGAGAUUGCCAAACAGCAUCAGCAACACAAGGGACUGCCUCCUGCCCAGUCAGAGUUCAAUUAUCUAAACACAGCACGGACGCUAGAGUUCUAUGGAGUCGAAUUGCACUAUGCAAUGGAUCAAAGCAACACAGAGAUUUUAAUCGGAGUGAUGUCAACUGGGAUUGUCACCUAUAAGAACAGGGUACGAAUCAACUGCUUUCCAUGGCUACAGAUUGUAAAGAUCUCAUUUAAAUGUAGACAGUUUUUCAUUCAACUCCGAAGAGAAUUGAAUGAGAGCCGUGAGGCGCUGUUAGCCUUUAACAUGGUGAACUACCGAGCCUGUAAGAACCUAUGGAAGGCCUGUGUAGAGCACCACACCUUCUUCAGACUAGACCGACCCUUACCACCACAGAAGAACUUCUUUGCACAUGUCUUCCAACUGGGCUCCAAGUACCGCUACUGUGGUAGGACAGAGGUGCAGUCUGUCCAGUACGGCAAGGAGAAGGGCAUCAAGGACAGGGUGUUCGCCAGGUCUCCCAGUAAGCCCUUGGUGAGGAGGCCGAUGGGUGGAGGGAUGGACUGGGAGUCAGUCAGCCGGAACUCCAGAGCCUCUCUGUCUGACGACCGCCUGGAGACCCAGAGCCUGCCCACACGCUCCCCACCAGGCACCCCCAACCACAGGAACUCCAAGUUUGCACAAGAGCGCCUGCGGCCGUCCUCCGUGGGACACCUGCUGGAUCAUGUGAUCUACUACGACCAUGCCUCGCCCUGCCCGACCUUCACCAAUCACAAGUCGGCCUCCUCAACCCAGGCCAACUCCAUCAGCCUGGAUUCUACCCCGUCACCAGACUCGGCCGUCGACGGCCAGCCGCCCGCUCUGCCCCCUAAGCAGACCAGGAGGCCUCUGUCCAGCCAGUCCCACUCUCAGCAGGAGUUGGACAACCACAUCAAUGAGCUGUAUGACACGCCUCUGUCAGAAGAAAAGACAAUGCCCAAUGGAGUGCUUCCUCAUGACAAUCUGGUGUUCAUUCAAAUGUGCCCCGACGAACAAGGACGAUUUGGAUUCAAUGUGAAGGGUGGGCUGGACCAGAAGAUGCCUGUGAUCGUGUCCCGAGUGGCCUCGGGAACAGUGGCUGACCUGUGUGUUCCCCGGCUGAACGAGGGAGACCAGGUGGUGCUGAUCAACGGUCAGGACAUCUCAGAGCACACCCACGACCAGGUGGUCAUGUUCAUCAAGGCCAGCUGUGAGGAGAGCGACUCAGGAGAGCUGAACCUGCUGGUCAGACCCAACGCCAUGUAUGACCUGGUGGAGGAGGAGAAGCUGGAGGAUGGAGAUACGGAGUCUAACUACCAGUACUCCCCAGAGAGGGCUCCCCAAGACCAGCCUCAGGACCAGCCCCAGCCAGACCACCACCCAUCCUGCUGGAGAGACUCCAUACUACAGCUGAAAGAAGGCUUGGGCACUGGGGCCGUACAGCAACAGUUUGAUCAACUCUACCGGAAAAGGCCUGGAUUGACAAUGUCAUGUGCCAAAUUACCUCAGAACAUUUCCAAAAAUCGAUAUCGAGACAUUUCACCAUAUGACGCCACCAGGGUUAUUCUGAGGGGCAAGGACGGGGACUAUAUCAAUGCAAAUUACAUCAAUAUGGUGAUUGCAGCGUCCAGUGCUGUAAACCGCUACAUCGCGUGCCAGGGCCCGCUGCCCGCCACCUGCUCUGACUUCUGGAGGAUGACUUGGGAACAGGGCUCCAACAUGGUGGUCAUGCUCACCACGCAGGUGGAGAGAGGACGGGUGAAGUGUCAUCAGUAUUGGCCCAAUUCUGGUGCCAUCGCUACCCAUGGGGACUUCCAGGUCUCCUGUGUGACAGAAGAAGGGAAAUCAGCAUUUCUUGUCAGAGAGAUAACUCUCACACACCUGGAGAGUGAAGAGAGCAGGCCACUGACUCAGAUCCAGUACAUGGCCUGGCCUGACCACGGUGUUCCAGACGACUACACUGACUUCCUGGACUUUGUCAGUCUCGUCCGCACAAAGAGGGAGGGCAAGGAGGAGCCGGUGAUAGUACACUGCAGCGCUGGGAUUGGUCGGACUGGGGUGCUCAUCACCAUGGAAACAGCCAUGUGUUUGAUUGAGUGCAAUCAGCCCGUGUAUCCAUUGGAUAUCGUGAGGACAAUGAGAGACCAGAGGGCCAUGAUGAUCCAGACCCCGAGCCAGUACAGGUUUGUCUGUGAAGCGAUCCUCAAGGUGUACGAGGAGGAGCUGGUCAAACCCCUGACGCCCACAAAGCUCCUAACACCCGUAGAGUCUCUGACGCCUACAAAGCCCUUGACGACCUUAGAGCCCCUGACACCCACAAAGCCCCUGACACCCGUAGAGUCUCUGACGUCUACAAAGCCCUUGACGACCUUAGAGCCCCUGACACCCACAAAGCCCUUGACACCCGUAGAGCCCCUGUCACCCACAAAGCCCGUGACGACCUUAGAGCCCCUGACACCCACAAAGCCCCUGACACCCAUAGAGUUUCUGACGCCUACAAUGCCCUUGACAACCUUAGAGCCCCUGACACCCGUAGAGCCCCUGACACCCGUAGAGCCCCUGACACCCACAAAGCCCUUGACGACCUUAGAGCCCCUGACACCCACAAAGCCCCUGACACCCAUAGAGCCCCUGACACCCACAAAGCCAGAGGUAGAGACAGAGACAGAGUCGGCUUUAGACCUCCUGGGACUGACUGACUGACUGACUGACUGACUGACUGAUUGACUGACAUACGGCUGCAUGGGCCUAAGCACCACCCUCUUCUUCCACAGCCUGUCUGUCUGUCUCCCAUUGUCUCAGUCACAAUAGUUUCUUCCCACAUCUUGAGUCUGGCAAGAGAAACUAGUCACAACCAUGGAGACAACUACCGACAACCACUCAAACUGGCCUGGGAGGGGAAACAAAGCACUGUUGUACUGUUGCACUUUAUGAUGACAAAACGUGAUACUUUGGAGAAUUAACGAAAGAAGAAAAAAAAAAAGCAGAAGUUACGAUGAUCAACUGGAAUUUGGGAUGUAAGCAAGUGUGCCGGAUCAAGAGAGAAGUGAGAAACAGAACAGUAGCUGGGUUGGAUUAUAUUGCUGUAGUGUCAUUACUUUCAGACAAACCUUCAUAAUGAACAGGACAACUUAAUGGAAAGUGGACUGGCAUUUGUUUUCAGCUCGUCAGUGUGCCAUCACCAAGUGUCAUAUCAGUGGUUUCUUCACAGACUAGUCUUUCUGUCUUUGAUUACUCCAUAGACUUAAGAGUCAAUUUUCUUUUUUAAGUCAAAAACUAUUCGUCGUCAACUGAAGAUCUGUUCAGAAGUGGGUUGACCCUCUAUGUAAGGUCCUGGUAAAGCGCUCUGACUUCUACUCUAUGGUACUACUCAUCAUCUCGUUAUUCCCCUCAUUUGAGGCUAUAGGUUGUCUGAUUGUUUCGAUCAGAUGGGUACCUUUUUGAGCUUUUAUAUUUAUUAGUCUGCAGAUUGGAAUCAUCUCCCGUGCAAGUUAUUACAGCUCCAAGUCCUUUUGUGAAGGUGUUCCAAACCAAGGUAAAGGCAGGGUAGGUUAGGUUAGGCGCAAUGGAUGCUGCUGAGGGGAGGACAGCUCAUAAUAAUGGCUGAAGUGCAGUCACUGGCACUGGCAAACCACGUGUUUGAUACCAUUCCGUUGACUCUAUUCCAGUCGUUGUUAUGAGCCGUCCUCCACUGGUUAGGAGAGGCAUCCCGCCUCCUUUACCAUCUCAUUAGCUGAUUACCUGUCAUUGAGCUCAGCACUACGUGGUGGUGUUGUUGCUGUUUUUUUUUUUUGAGGCAGCUAUUCAACUUUGAUUCAAGAUGGCUCAUCAUGUGAUGUUACAUCGGUCUCUCCAAGAUACUAUAUGACUAGCCCAAAUCUGGGUAGUAUUUUUAUGCUGGUUUUGUUAUUGCUUGUAACAGAAUGAUCUUGACAUGCUGGAUUGGGUUGGUACAGUACCUAGAUGGUUUAUCAAGUGUCAUUGCAUCAGAUUUUGAAAUUGAAUAUGAGGUAUUCAGAGCUCUCUGAAUAAGAGUAUUGUGGGAUUUGGUACCAUGGUACUGUACAUCAGGAUUUUAGGCUGUUGGUGUACAGUACAUACAGACAAUACAUACAUUACAUAAAAAGACUGAGCUUUCAGGACCAAUAGGUUUUUAGCCUUGUGAGUAAAAAGAAAUGUUUUCAAAUUAACCAUGUGUCGAAAAGGCUCAAGCUAUAGAUUUGCUUCUGAUAUUUUUUCAAAGAGACCCUUUUUACUUCUUGGGAAUGGACAGCACUUUUCAACUGAACGUGUAGCAUAUUUGCUGCUAUGCAUGAUUAGACCCCCCCAAAAUUAUUUUGGAAUUGUAUAUAAUUUUAUCAAUUUUUGUUGGAUAAAGACACCACUAUAGGACAUGUAAGUUAUAUGGUGUCAUCUAGAUGUGUGUAAUGUAACUAGUGUAAAUGUACUAUGUUAUAAAUUAAGGCUUAAUGAAAUUAAAAUAAUGUGAGACAAAGUUAUUUUUAUAAGAACAGAAAAGUUCAAAACUUUUCCACUGUAAAGUCUUUCUGGAUUUAGAAAGUAUUGUUAUGGGAAAGCUUUGCAAUAGAUGUAUGCUGUGUAAAAGUCCUCUCCUUAAGUCCAGUGGGAGCGGAAAGAGUUGGGACGGCAACAUGAAGCUCUGUACAAUGACAAAUAGAUUCAUUAAUCACCAUUAAUACUGUUAUUUUUUUGACAAUUGAAACCCACAUAGUGAUUUUAUUCCCAUGAUUUCUGAUUGAAUGAAUGUGAUUGUGCUUUUGAAAUCAGAAAGCUGGCUUGGUUGGCUUGGUCAAACAUGUCGCUGAUACUUCUGCAGUGGGUUUACGCAGUACCUUGCUGACAAUGUUUACAAUGGUUUGUGAGUUAGUUUUGUGAUUUAAAAAGGAUCUGUAUCUACUGAAAGUCUGUGUGUUUACAAAAGCUGUUGUGCAGUGGGGAACUUUGGCCCAAUCAGAUCGCUCACCCUCUGCGGCCCAAAUGGCACCCUAUUCCCUAUGUAGUGCACUACUUUUGACUGGGCUCUGGCCCAAAGUUGUGCACUAGAUAGGGAGCCAUUUGGGACUAGACAGUGUCUAUCACUUCACCAUGAAAUAGACUGAGGCACUGGAAUGUUUAUUUUACCAGGUCAUCCCAUUCAAGGUCCAACACCUCUUUUUCAAGGGAAACCUGGAUCAUAUGUUUGGUUUUUAUUGCGCAAUGCUGUUCUACCUGAUCAUCGUCAUCAUCACUUAGUAAUAGUACAACAUUCUGCACAACUGUGAUGUAAAUAUAAGCUUCAUCUGUGAACUAGUGAAAUAUAUUUCAAGAUCAAUCAGGAUGAUGUACAAAUGUAAUGUUUGUGGUGAAGCUGUACAGAAAUUGAAUGUAUCCAUUUCAGUCUUUUAGUUGCUCGAAAACGUAAGGGAUGUACAAUUUGACUUUUGAGGGGAAAUAUUUUUCAUACUACUGUGCUUGUAAAUGCAGGUAAAUAUCAGAUUCUCAAUUGUGUCUCAAUGGGCUCUGCCUGGUCUGCGACAGUGUUUUUGUUGUAAAUAGGAGCCAUAUCAUGUCAGUGAAGUGCCAAUGUACUGUAAGUAAAGUCUCAUUUCUGCUGUA